UCGGACAGAACCGCACAUCAUCAAGGAGAAGACACCACACAUUACCUUGACCCAAAGGCCUGCGUCCCAUCCGAAAGCUCAAAGCCAUGCCUUGGUGCGGACUGCUGACUAAAGGGGGGAAAACACCUUCCGCUGUGCUCCUAAUGAUGAGACUGGCCUUCCUGCUGUGGCCUCAAAGUCACGUCUCUCAAGCCUCCCCCAGUGACCCGUGGGCCUUUUGUUCGAAGAGCAACCUGUGUAAGAGCAAAUUUGCAGAUGGACAAUGUGACAAAGAGUGCGUCAGCCCAGCAUGUCUGAUUGAUGGGUUUGAUUGUAUCACAGAUAAAUCCUCCUGCAACCCUGCACACGUGCAGUACUGUCGCAAUCACUACGAUAACUCUCACUGCGAUCACGGCUGUAACUCGCCGGCCUGCGGAUGGGACGGGAGCGACUGUCACCGGAACCGAUACUCCAAGUGGGCCAAGGGAACUCUGAUUAUACACACCAGAAUCCCAUUCCAACGCGGAACCUUCCAGAACACCUCCUUGCUUUGGGCUGUCAGCACCAUCCUCAGAACUGCCGUCAAGCUCAGAGGGAUGGCUCCGUUUUCAGCCAACAAGGAUGUUUUCGCGUUAGACACUCAGACACUAUCUUCCUUACUAACACAAACCUCAUCUUAUGACGUCAGUGGGUCACUGCUGUAUCUACAAGUGGACAACAGGCCAUGUUCCUCUCAUACUCCACCCACUUGUUUUGCAUACGCCUCCGAGGCAGCGAAUUUCUUCCGAGUUCUCGUGAGCAAAAAUCCGCCGAUACUCAGCAGUCUGCCAGAGGUCCAGGCGAUCGUUCAGGCCGGCGUGCGGGGGGUCCUGGAGGACAUUGGAAACAGGGAGGAGGACGAAGUGGAAGAGGAAAAAGAAACACGUCCAGCCUGGUUCUGGCCAGUGGUCGGCGUGGCAGUGGGUCUUGGCCUGGCUUUGGUCGUAAUCGUCGUGGUGUCGGUCAUAUGGCGCCGGAGAAGGAGGCAGAGGAGGGGCAGAGGUGAAAGGGUCCACCACAGGUCAACGGUCACGGAGAACAACAACGGUAGCAAGGCCUGGACUCGACGCACCAACAGCAGAGAAGAGAGAGGGAGAGGAGGGAGGGAGAGGGACAGGAACGGGCUUAAGAAGAAAAAGAAAGAGAAGGAGUCAGGGAAGAGACGGAGAGAGCCACUGGGAGAAGAUGCUAUUCAGCUACGUACACUCAGGAAGGACCUGGACAUUGGUAGUGACACGGACAUGACCCAGAGUUCCAUGGAAGAUGUCAGGUUUCCACGGCGACAGGAAGAUGCUUCAAUUUGUGAUCACAGAAGUCCAGAACAGAAACAUUUCCGUCUCAACUCUAACCAUCAGCAAGUUCCCAUGCUUGCACCCCCUAGAGGAUGGGAGAGGAAUGCCACUCCACAUCAAAGAACACCCAACAAUUCUGCUCCUGUUCAGUGGUGCGGUCCGGACGGUUCAGUGGUCCUAAUCCGAGCGGUGAGGAGCGGACUCGACCGAGUUGUUUUGGAAUUACUGCGAGCCGGAGUGCCUGUAAACAACACGGAUCACACGGGGAGAUCGGCCCUUCACUGGGCAUGCUCAGUAAAUCACCUCUCUUUGACUCGGACUCUGAUUCGGUAUGGUGCGGCAGUGGACUUACAGGACCACAAGGGUGAGACUCCUUUGUUCCUCUCAGCCCUCCACGGUUGCUAUGAUACCGCUAGAUUCCUUCUCCUUAACGGGGCCAAUCAAGACCUGACUGACCGCAGGGGGCGUAGCCCAUUGGACGUGAGCAGGGAGGGAUUGCACCAUCAGGUCCACGAACUCUUAUUGGCUCAUAGAGUUCAAAGGGGGCCGGUCCCUAUUGACCUGACAACUGAAGUAUUAUGGGAUGACCGUGCUUACAUGUAUUCUCCAUGGAUGGUGUCACCUCCCUCUUUACCUGGAAGAAGUGCCUCCUUCUCUGGGGUCAUAGGUCAUCGGGAACUGUCAUCACCCCAGCCCAGUGACUGGCAAAUGGUCAGAGGACAAUGUGCUUCUCCCCAAAACUGGCGUCCUAUGCCCAACCAAUCAGCCACAGCACUGGUCACUCCCAGGAUACUUGGCCACCCAUCUCGGCCAAUAAGCACUCUUCAGGAAGUGACUUCGGAGGCAGAGGAAGAAGACAGGGAAAUGCCCCAGGAAGUUCCCAGAGCAGCUACCCCUCACUUCCUGUCUCCUCAGCCAGCACCCAGACAACGCUCCUUUUCCUGCACCCAGCAUGCUCUGCAGCGUCGAUCUAGUGGCAACCACUCAGAUCUACCCAUUACUUUUCCAAUAGAACCACCAGCCAAUGAACAUGUAGAAAUAGUGGUUGUCCCUCACCCAAAAGAAGCUGCAAACCAAUCAGAGAACAGAACAUCUGGACCAGUCCCUAGUAUACCACAGAGAGACCCUGAGAGAGAGAGUGCGAGAAACUCUAGUCAGAAACCUCAGAGCGAGAGGUUGAACAAUGACACUGCCAAACCCGCACAGGCAGCACUGUGACAGACGAGCCAAUCAGAAACAAAGUCUCACUCCUCAUUCGCUGAACAACAUGGAAUGUCUUAACUGACUUCUUUCUGUUAGUGUGUGUGAAUGAUAAUGCAAUAACAUAGAAGUGUUAAGACAUUAAGUGUUCCUCUUCCAUCUUGAGGUAACCAAAACAGUGACUGAACAUUUUUAGUUUUUUUUUUUUAUUUGCAUCUAAGCAUUAGUGCAGAAUCCUGACAAAAUGUUGAGGGUGUUAGAACCCUGAUUCCCUGUAGAGAUCCCAGCUGGACACUCGACGUCACAUAAGGAAGGGAAACAUCUCCACUGAAUGUUUCUACACACACUACAAUCCAUACAGCAAUGCACAAACAUUUCAGCCUGUGUGUGCAGGUGAUUUCACACACUGUAAAAACACUAAUGUAUGGUUCUUUGUUAUUCUUUGUUAGAGAAAAAAAAAAACUGUAAAAUAGCUGAUUUCAACAGAAAUAAUAUGAGGAGUAGCAGGAUGGUGUAUGAUGCCUGGCCACUUGUCCAGGAGUAGAGAACAUUUUUUUAGACAAAGGCUGUUUCCACAAAGCCGUUGUAUGUGUACACAGACAGUCUUUAUUGUAAAAGAGGUAGAGAAUACAGGUGUUUCACUGUACAGAGAAAAACAAAAACCAAAA